AUGUCGCCCUACCAGUUGGUCUAUGAAAAAGCAUGUCAUUUACCAGUGGAACUAGAACACAGAGCCUACUGGACAACCGAAUUCCUCAACUUUGAUGCCAAGGUUGCAGGAAAAAAGAGGUUACUUCAGCUAAAUGAGUUGGAAGAAUUCAGACAAGCUGCAUAUGACAAUGCUAAAAUUUACAAGGAAAGGACCAAGAAAUGGCAUGAUAAAAAGAUCUCGUCCAGAGUCUUCGAGCCUGGCCAGAAGGUUUUACUCUUCAAUUCCAAACUUAAGCUCUUCCCUGGAAAGCUAAAAUCACGAUGGACAGGACCUUUUGUGGUCACUAAUAUAUCACCUUAUGGUCGUAUAGAGCUCCAAAACAAACAUUUUGAUAAAAGAUUUACAAUGAAUGGAUAG